GGUAUCCGUAGGGCCUCCACGGUGUAGCGUAUACGCCGCACAGACCAUAAAUAUGCAUUAAUUUUAUGAAGUUUCAAGUUUUACGUAUUCCGUCCUUGAAAAAGCGUUUUCCUUAUUAACUGCGUACCCUUACUGCGUGCAAAAUUAUGGAAGUAGAUGCUAACCAAGAAACUAAAAGCGAAGUUUUUGGUGGUGAAUGCGAGUUCACAGUAGGUGAUUUCAUUGGAAGCGGAACUUUUGGUAUGGUCUACAAGGGAGAAAUCACGGUACGCAAUGAUUAUGGAGGGCAAGGAGAUAAUGUGGCAGUCAAAAUUGUCGAUUGCGGGGACAAAGAUGAAGUAUCGGUCGAAAUGCGCCAGAGAUUUCAAACGUUGGUUCGUCUUAAACAUGAAAACCUGGCUGUUUACCAUAAAAUUAUCAUAAAGACCAUACAAGGAAAAACGUCGAUCGAGCUGGUCAUGGAUUACUAUACCGGUGGCGAUUUGGGGACAAAACUGAGCAAUCUGAAGGAAAACAAAAUUUUGCUCGAGAAACCGAUUGCACUUCGCUACGCCGAGGAAAUCACCAAAGGGAUAAGUUUCCUGCACCACUGUCAUAUUAUUCAUGGAGAUUUAAAACCAGCAAAUAUUUUAUUUAAACAAGCCAAUAACGGUCUGGAAAGUCUGGUUAUUGGUGAUUUGGAUGAUCUUGUGAAACUCCAUACAAGCAUUACAACUUCAUUCGACCUCAGCAACCUUCUUAACAUCUGCGGCACACUGCGCUACAUGUCACCGGAAAUGCUUCAGAAGUAUAUGUUGCGUCCCGAAAGGGCGCCUGAACCCGGACGCAAGACUGACAUAUGGAGUUUGGGAUGUGUCAUACAUGAUUUACUGGAUCGCGUUAUUGGUAAUGAAGAGAGAUGGCUUCAGCGAGAAGAGGAAAAAAUGGAGGCUGGGGAUAAAAUUGGCGAACGGCCUUACGUUAUUGCACUGGGCGAUGGAUUUCUUCCGUGUGUUUCUGAGUUAGCUCCGUUGGAUCUGAUGGAAAUUGUUUGUCGAUGUUUGAAUCCAUUACCUGCAGCUCGGAGUUCGGCACUUGAGGUUUUAUGUCUUCUGCAAGAUGCCAAAGAAACCCUUGCUGUGUAAUAAGCUGUCUUUUCACUUUUUACUUUAAUAUCUAUUUCAUUUUAUCGUCAUUAUCGUAACACUGAUUAUCAGUAACCGCAUCAGUAACCGUAUCGUAACACUGAUUAUCAGUAACCGUCUGUCUGAUUAUCUGCAUCAGUAACCGUUGUUCUUAUUUCUGCACGUGGCUGUGCCAAUCGUCGGUUCCAUGGCGUAUGGCUUAUCGUUAAGGCUAAUCGUACAACACUCUUUGUAUCGCUCCAUACGGCACUUGAAACAUCAGUAAUGUACGUCGGGGAGCAUAUAGUGUAUAACGUAAU